GUGCGCUCACACACCCGCAUUCAACAGGCACUGGAGGAUACUUCUCACAUGUUUUCACCGCGUUUUUAUUAUUAGGUUUAUUACUUUUAUCUGCUGACAUCUGUGCAGGACGAUUGGAGACAUUCACCGUGGACAUCUUGGAAGGACAUAUGCGUCUUUAAGGGAUGGUGAUGUGCGUAAGUUGCGCGCUAUGGUGCAUAUAGUGCACCUCAGUGAGUAGAUACGACUCGUGAAAACAACCAAAGCAAGAGGAUGGCAGCUCCGCAUAACGGAUCCAACAUAACGACGGCGAACUACACCAACCAGUUCGUGCAGCCUCCGUGGCGCGUGGCUCUCUGGUCCGUCGCCUACAGCUCGGUGCUGGCGGUGGCUGUGUUUGGAAACCUCAUCGUGAUCUGGAUCAUUCUGGCGCACAAGCGCAUGAGGACGGUGACCAACUACUUUCUGCUCAACUUGGCGUUUUCGGACGCGUCGAUGGCCGCGUUUAACACUUUGAUAAACUUUAUCUACGCAGCCCACGGAGAGUGGUACUUUGGAGAGGCUUACUGCAAAUUCCACAACUUCUUCCCGGUCACAUCUGUGUUUGCAAGCAUCUACUCCAUGACUGCCAUAGCUGUGGACAGGUACAUGGCCAUCAUCCAUCCGCUGAAGCCUCGUCUGUCGGCGAAGGCCACCAUCGGAGUCAUCGUCUGUAUCUGGAGUCUGGCCGUGGUUCUGGCCUUCCCUCUAGGCUACUUCUCCACCACCCGAGCUCUGCCCCGGAGGACCCUCUGCUAUGUGGCCUGGCCCCGCAUGGCCGACGACGCCUUCAUGUAUCCUAUCAUAGUGACAGUUCUGGUCUACCUGCUGCCGUUAGUGGUGAUGGGCAUCACUUACACCAUCGUGGGGGUGACCCUGUGGGGAGGGGAGAUCCCAGGAGACUCAUCUGAUAACUAUCAUGGACAGCUCAGGGCUAAAAGGAAGGUGGUGAAGAUGAUGAUCAUCGUAGUGGUGACCUUCGCCGUCUGCUGGCUCCCCUAUCACGUCUACUUCAUUGUGACGGGUCUCAACAAGCGUCUGGUCAAGUGGAAGUACAUCCAGCAGGUUUACCUGUCGGUGCUGUGGCUGGCAAUGAGCUCCACCAUGUACAACCCCAUCAUCUACUGCUGCCUCAACAGCAGGUUUCGGGCUGGCUUCAAGCGAGCGUUUCGUUGGUGCCCGUUCAUCAAGGUAUCCAGCUACGACGAGUUGGAACUACGGUCCACGCGGCUGCACCCGACACGCCAGAGCAGCAUGUACACGCUGUCACGAAUGGAUACUUCCGUCUUGGUAGUUUACGACCCUGCCGAGGGCGAAGGCGGAGCCGGCGGUGGCUCCGGAAGGAAGCACUCCCUGACCGGUAGGAAGAGGAGCUACAUCACGGCCCGCCACACGGAGAUCGCUGGAAGCAACGGUGGCGAUGCGAAAACGCAAAACGGAGGGGCUCCGGGCGCUCAACCUGAGGAGUUCUGCUAAAGGGUUUUUCUCACAGACAUAUGCAUGUAAGAAACGUACGCACGUGCUUGUACAUAGAAACAGUGCACUGAUGUUUGCUUAAUUUAGACGUAGAAGCAUUGUAUCAAAACGGUUACCUGCAAAGAAUGACCACAUGGAUAUAGGGAUUAUUCAAUAUUUCAUCUUUAUGGAUAAUACCGAUUUUUUAAGAUACUCUGGAGCAUGGAUGGAUCAUUGGGCACAGACGCAGAAGCUCAAGGGGUCAGUGUGAUCCAACAUUAUUUUUAAUAUAUGUCUGAUCAUUUUUCCCAACAUAAAACAGCUGACAGUAUUAGGCGAUAGUAAACCUAUAUCAAAAUAAGUAAAGCAAUUUAAAUAUGUUUUCACAGCUGAAUAUCUCUGCUUUAAGAAAAAACAGCAUGCAUCACAGGUUUUUUUCCAGUGGUUUCCCAAACAGGUUUUGUGUAUUAUCUUGUAUUGUUUUGUAUGUUAUCCGUGGAGAGGAGUAUCAGCCUGUUUCACAAAAAGCAACUUGCGCUCGAGUGUUUACACGCAGAUCCAAAAAGGUGGCAGCCUCACAAUUCACAAGGGAUUGUUGCUUACAAAUUCCAGAUAACUUUGUGAGUCCUACCGGGCUCUUCCAUCCUCAUGCAUGGUGUUUGUUUUAAUUAGUGAGAUGUCUCAAAAUCAACAGGGGAGGAAAUAAUCUUGUCGCAAAUUGCAGCUUGGUGAAACGGGCCUCUGCUUUGGCAGGAUGCUUUGGGAAAGGUUCAUACAGCCUGCCGUCGCCUCCAGCUUAAACAAACUACUGAAGUUCAGGGUUUGUAACUGUAGAGUCAAGGUUAACCUGCAAAAUAGCCCAGAAAAAAAAUGUGAAUGGCUAGCGACUGGGGCUUUGGUGCGUGGUGUUUUACAUGUCACGCUCGGGAGCAGCCUUAACAACACACGAGAUGAAGAAUGCUUAACUUGUACAGUAUGAUCAUCUAAGCCGAAGGCAUUUUGUCUCUUCAUAAGGGUCCCUCUGCAUUAAUGAAAGCUUUGAUUGAGAUUAGCAUUUAAACAGUCAGCGCCCUGCUGUUUCAGAUGAUUGAUAAUGAAAUUAAUCAGCUCUGCUUGAAGAUUCGCUGCUAGGAAUGUCACGAUGGUGAUAAUCUGAAAAUACGCAACAGUGAUUGUAAUUAUGUAAGUAUGUCAAAGUUUUCAUUUCCAUCUGUAAGUAUUAACCGUGAAUUUUAUGUGAUGCAGAGGAUGCAGUCGGCAUCCAAUUCCCCCUGGAGCCACGAAUGAGCGGCUGCAGAAAGUCGCCGAUACUGUCGAUUGAACUCUGUUUGAGUUUGGCUCUGAAAGUACUGAAAUUGAGUUUGUCUUUCAGUUAUGUAACGAUUGUAAAGAACAGGUUUCCUGUAACUGGCAACAAGCCAGAGGCAAAUUCUAGUAUUUGCAGCACGCCAAUAAAACAGGCGGCUGCAGAAUGAGCUGAUUGGAAGCGAACCAAACCAACUGGGGCCUUCACAUUGCGACUAAGUGAAGGAAAAAAUAAAGGAAGCUGCACAGUGAAGUGCAACCACUGUUCUAUAAUGCUUUUUUAAAUGUCUUCACACAAAGUGUGAUGAGAAGCAGCUGUUGGUGUUACAGUAGUUUCUUCCAGCACGCUGUUAUACUGUGUUGCAUCUUUAUUUAAACCUCUGCUUGUGUGCACAUCAAGUGUUGAAACUGCACCAAGCAAUGCGCUGGCCCGUGCCAUGUUGGGUUUACAAUAUGAUAAGUGGAACCAUACUGUGACAGGAUUAUAUAAACCAUAGGACCAGUGUUUCCCCUCUGACUGUACACAGCAACACACGGACAUGACUCACUGCUGAACAUCUAAGCGUAACAUCCGGGCCACACUGCCUGCUACCUCGCUGAACUGCUGCGUCUCUCUAUCGCAUGUGGUGUCCACCCGGACAGCAUUAUUGCUGCUUUGCUGCUACUGCCAACCCUUUCUUUCUACAUAGAGUUUGCCUUUAAUGAAGGCCAUUUCAUUUCAUUAUAAAUAUCAAACAU